AUUCAAAAACUUUCCUUUUCCUUGCUUAAUUCCCUUUCCUAUUACAUUAAUCUGUACAGUACUGAACCAAAAUUCAGACAAGAAUAACAUAUGGCAUUCACUCUUCCACACUAUAAACUCACCCACUUGAAAUCCCCAUUUGAUCCGUUACACCUCCCCAAACACAGACCCACAUCAAUAAUUUUACCCAUAACAACAGAAUCACAGAAGAAAUUGCCGACAAUUCAAUGCUCAAGUACUGACAACAACAGCACACUGAGAACUUGCAAGAAUUGCAAAACCCAAUUCGACCCAUCUCUCAAUCACCCUCGAGCUUGUCGUUUCCACACUGCCCAUUUUGGAGGGGAGACAAAGAGGAAGUUUGAGAGUGUUUAUGCUGGAGGCACUAUGGAUACUCCCGACUCUGGCCGAGUUCUUCAAUACUGGCAUUGCUGUGCAUCUGAAGAUCCGUUUGACCUUGGAUGCACUGCUGCUCCUCACACAUCAUAUGAUGACUGAUAUUGUUGACAGUCUUUCUGUAAGCAAGCUGUGGGUUGCGAUCUUUGGUUUGAAAUUUUGAUUGGUUCUAUUACAUAUGAUUCUGCUUUACAUGUGUAAAUACUCAAAUUUAUGCUGAUGUCCUACAGCGUUACGGUUUAUAUUAUAGCCAUUGGGUAUUUGAUGAUCUUGUCAUUACUUAA